AUGGGCUGCAGUAUUCCGAUGACGAGCGUACAGUUCGUGUCAGCGAAUGCUUCUGAUGAAGAGCAGCAGCAGACCCGCCGGGUGAUUCGUCGCCAUGUAAUGCUCGGCAAGAAUCGAGGACGCCCUCCAAAGAAUCCCAGACAGCCCAAGAUCCCAGGCGCCAGUAUCCUCAGCAAUGACACAGCUGUGGACGGAAAUUAUCAAAUCCAGUCAAGAAUAGCACCCCCAAUUUCCUCUGAUCUGUCACUACUGGAGUUCCCCGACAAAGUCGGCUUAAUUCUCAGAGAAGUGACCGUUCGAUUCUGUACCACCACGUCGGAAUAUGUACAUUUUCUCGAUCCCUGUGUCGACUUCAAUACCAGCGAUGAUAGUGCUGUAUGUCUAUGGUCGCUCUUUCAUGAUGCGCUCUAUAUGAACAUUAUGGUGUUUGGGGCUGCUGCAUUCACAAACAUCGCUUUCCAGCAGGCUACCUCUCAGCCGUGGAGGAAUGGACGUGAAGACGGAAUGCAGCAUUACGGUCAAGCACUACGGUUGUUGAGAGAACGACUCGCCGAGGUUGAACACCCAUCUUCCGGUCUGCAGACCCAGGGUCCCAGUUUAUACGACACUGCGGUAACGGUCGUGCUUGUUUUUGCCAUGCAUGCGCUGACGAUCGGAAAUUUCAAUCUAGCACGUUGUCAUCUUCUUGCAUUGAGCAAACUAGUCACUAUGAGAAAGGAGGGACUUGUUUCGUUCCGACAAAGAACAAAACAGAUGAUAGAACUCAUGAGAUGCGAUCUCUCAAUAUCGCUCGCAACAGGCCAACUGCCGGUUCUACUGAAAGGCAAUACUACGAUCUCAGAGAUAGCGCUACAAGAUGAUUCAAUCUUGCUUGGCAGACCAGUUAUUAUUGAGGACUUCAAUCUUUGUCAAAUCUGGAGCAGCCUUGACCGUUUCUUCGGCCUAAUCAACAACGCAUCUGUGCGAAGCAGCAAGCUUCCUGACGAUCUGCUUCGAGAUACAAUAUACUCCGUUGUAUAUGGGCUAUUCCACGUGUCUUGCGUCCCAGGCUCCCAGGACGAGUUAAUUCGACUGACCAUGCUCUCCUUCUGCUCACGAACCGUUCUGCAGUGGCCAAUAGUUCGAUUCCCAUUUCCCUGGCUUAAGUCGGCGGCGGAGAAAGCCAUAGAUCGAAUCAUGCAAAGGGGACUUUCCAUCAUAGAUUCAAAAACGAGACUAUGGGUUUUAAUUAUUCACGGAAUUGCCUUUACCCCACAGAGCCCAAGUGAUGGCGAUCGAUUACAACAAUGGCUGACUGUAGUCGGCGAGCAUCUUGACUUGACAAACUGGGCGAUUAUACGGUCGGCCAUGAGAGGGUAUCUCUGGGUCGACAUCAUCUGCAACGAGGCAACGCGGAAAUUACUUGAGAAGUUUCAGGUCGGUCGAAGUCGGUUGGAGCAACUUGAGGAAUAG